CUACAAUCAAUACCCAACUAAACAAACCAAAGGAAAACAAAUUUAAUAAAUAAAUCAAAUGCUCUUGAAGAACCCUAACCCUACCCAAUCUCUCUCUCUCUCUCUCUCAAUUUAAAUACCAACCUUCUCCAGAGAGAAAACCCAAACAGGCUUCUCUCUCUCUCUGCCUCCUCUCUUUUACCCUGUUUCGCUUCUUCUUUAGGCUUUCAAAAACGAGUAUCGAAGAUUCAAGCACCGGCGUUGUGAAUGGUGGAAAUCUCAAGCAGUAGCAAUUUCAUGCGCUCCCUUUUCCGGCCAGGGGCGAGCGCUGCUUUCACUUUCGCUAUUGGUUUCGGAUCCUGCAAGGAGGGCUGGUACUACCGCUGCCUCGGCCUCGACCCCUGAAUCUCUCAACACCCAUAUUCCCUAUUUUUUUUUUCUUUUCUCUUUUCUUUUUCUUGUUCUCCAACCGCAAAUCCUAGCUUUCUGAUUUUUGGCCCUUGAUUCUUAAAAAUCCCAGUUUGGGUCGAAUUAUUUGUUUUUAGAAUUUCUGGUUUUUUUUGGGGUUUGCAACGAUGUUGCUGUACAAGCCGAAGAAGAAUCAGAACGCCAAGGGCAACAGGCUCUUGAUUAGCAUUACUGUGCUGGGGAGCGCCGGCCCGAUCCGCUUCGUUGUCAAUGAGCACGAGCUUGUCGCCGCCGUGAUCGACACCGCUCUCAAAUCCUAUGCGCGUGAGGGUCGCCUUCCGGUUCUCGGGUCGAAUCUCAAUGAUUUCUUCCUCUACUGCCCCAGUGCUGGGCCUGAUGCUUUGAGUCCAUGGGACACAAUCGGAUCUCAAGGAGCUCGGAAUUUCAUGCUGUGCAAGAAGCCCCAGCCAGUGAAAUUGGCUGCUGCUGCUGAUGAUGAUGAUGAUGGAAGAUCGUCUCCCACAAUGGCUCGUAAGGGGAAUGGGAGUUGGAGGGCAUGGCUCAACAAGUCCCUCAAUCUCAAGAUUUCUUCCCAUUAAUCAGUUUCUCUAUUAAUGGACAAUUUACCAUUUGUUUUUUUCUUUGGUUCUGUUUCUUGUUUUUUGAGUUAUUAUGGUUAGCAUAAAUGGUCGUGCAAUUGUUGUUCUUUUUUUCUUUUUUUUAUCUGGUUUGUGUUGGAGAACCUUGCAAGUUUCUUUACAAAUAAAUUUCCUUAUUGAAGAUGUCUU